ACGGUGCCGGGGAAGUGGCAGGACAGAGGCUAGGGUAGCAGGCCGCGGCGGGGCCGGGCGCUGGCGGCGUCGCGGGAUGAGCCCCCUCGGGGGAGCGGCAUAGCGCACCCGGGGCCGGAGUGGGAGCUGUGCGCGCCGCCCGGAGGGUUCCAACCCGCCUGGAGACACUCCAUGCUGUUCCAUUGCAUGCAGAGGCUAGGCAGAGACUGGGUUGCCCACUGUGGUGUAUCUCAAAGAUUUUGCUGCAACAGUCAAAUUUCCAGUUGUAGGAGGUGGAUUGGACACUGUACUUGGGCUCCUUAUCCAUUUCUCGGUACAGGGCACUUCUCAGCGAAUUGGAGUCUGCCUCCAUUUUUUGAGCCUUGGAGACCGCACCACAACUGGCACUGGCAACCCAGUAACUUCACACAGAGCUCUCUGCUUCAUAUUUCUCAUCCCAACAUGAAAUCUGAGGGGGAUGAACCUUCUUCAAAAAGGAGAAGACAUAGUGGUGAGAGUUUUUCAAGUCCUGAUGAAGAAACAAGCAUCUCUAAACAAAAUGAAGCUACAGGGCAAGUUACAGCACCUGAAACUGAAGGGAGUCUUGCAAAGGAGAAAGGAAUGAUCAAGAGACACUGGGAGUAUUUCUGUCACCGUAAAAAAAAGAUUCUUGAAGAUCAGGAAAUUGACCAAAACAAUACAGAAAAUGAGUUUGAUUUUACAGUGAUGUCCUACAAUAUCCUUUCACAGAAUUUAUUAGACGAUAACUCCCACCUGUAUAAACACUGCAGAUGGCCAGUAUUAAUCUGGGGUUAUAGAUUUCCCAACAUUCUACAGGAAAUCAAAGAACUGGAUGCGGAUGUACUUUGUUUACAAGAAGUUCAAGAAGACCAUUAUAGAACACAAAUCAAGUCAAGUUUGGAAUCCUUGGGGUAUCAUUGUGAAUAUAAAAUGAGAACAGGAAGGAAACCAGAUGGCUGUGCUAUUUGCUUCAAAAUGUCCAAAUUUGAUCUGAUCUCCUCAAACCCAGUAGAGUUUUUCCGCCAUGAUAUUCCACUUUUGGACAGAGACAAUGUUGGACUAGUUUUGCUUCUCCAGCCUAAAUUUCACUGUAAAGCUACUGCUGCGGUCUGUGUAGCCAAUACACAUCUGCUGUAUAAUCCAAGACGAGGGGAUAUUAAACUGACCCAACUGGCAAUGCUGCUGGCAGAGAUUGCCAGUGUUGCCCAUCAGAAAGAUGGCAGCUUCUGUCCCAUUAUCAUCUGUGGUGACUUCAACUCAGUUCCUGGUUCUCCACUGUACAGUUUUAUAAAGGAAGGAAAGUUGAAUUACGAAGGACUUGCUAUAGGAAAGGUGUCUGGACAAGAACAGUUUCCUAGGGGACAAAGAAUCUUAUCUAUUCCAAUUUGGCCUCAGAGGCUGGGCAUUUCUCAGAACUGUGUGUAUGAAAUACGACAACAGCAAAGGGAAGAACAUUCAGGAGGAGAGAUGAGAGAACCACAACUGGAGAACUCUCAGGAGAUUGUGAUAGCAGCUGAAAAGUUAUCUUCAAAAUUACAGCACCAUUUUAAGUUGUCUUCAGUCUAUUCUCAUUACCUACCUGAGAGUGGGCUUCCAGAAGUAACAACCUGUCACUCGCGAAGUGCUGUCACUGUGGAUUACAUUUUCUAUUCUGCUGCAAAGGAUGAUAUUGCUGACCCGCCAGGGACAGAAGAUUCCUUUGGCAGCCUGAAGCUUCUCGGUAGAUUAUCACUUCUAACAGCACAAGAUUUAUGGACUGUUAAUGGUCUUCCUAAUGAAAAUAACUCUUCUGAUCAUCUGCCUUUACUAGCAAAGUUCAGGCUCAUUGAACAAUGAAACAAAGUAUUUUUAUAUAUGAACUUCCCUUUUCCUCCACCUUCCUGAAAUAUUUUUAAAUUUGUGGACUGGAAGCCUGUUUACAUUUUAUUUUGCCUGCAUGCUGAGUUCUUAGUGCUUUGUAAAUUAGAAUUUUUAAAGAAACUUUUGAAAAGUGGUUUAAAUUUACUUUAUGAAGACUUUUUAAGACACAGAAAUAAGUUUACAUAGCUUUCUCUUUUUGAUAAAGACAGACAUCACCAGCCUGAAAAUGGCAUUAUUUUUCACAGAAAGGAUGUAAAUAUUUUUAUUGUAUAUUAUAGUAAAAUUGAUGCUGCUUUGUACAAACAUUGUACUUUGUUUGGGGGUGUAACUAUUUUCAUAAUCAGCUGAAAGUAGCUUUGGAGGUGCUUUCAUACUGCUUCUGUUGUCUCUCCCAAAUUAUAUACCUUUUGGGUUCAAUUUCAGGAGUCCCUCAGCGCAGAAGUUUAUCUAGUAAAGUGGUUGCAGGACUGGGUCUUUAUUAGGAAAGUUGUCCUUGCAGUAUGGAAAUUAAUUGUGUUCUAAAAAAGUAAUUGCAAGUUUAAACACUGUGCAAGAGUCCACUAGACUUUAUCAGUAUUCAAAGCUUUAAAACCAUCCAAAAUAAAAGCAAAUAUCUAACAUGACAUGUAAGUACAGGACAGUAUAGUUGGGAAAGACUAAAUUCACUUUCUCUUUGAAAGCUGUUUAAAAAUCAAAAAAAUUAUCAGAAUGCUUGACUUACUGUGAUUUCUUGAAUGUUUGCCAAAUACAUGAGAGACUAUUUUUCACUUGCUCAUGAUUUAAAAUAAUGUAUCAAUACUGCAGCUUCAGUAUAUUCAACAUUAAAAGAUUCCCUUGUGUUUUCCAUUUCCUAUUACAAUAUGACACUGUAUAUAUACUAUGCAAAAUAUCUAGGGCUGACCAGUAAACCAAAAUUUGCUACCUCAUUAACGGUAACCUUUUUGACAUGGGGAGAAGCGCUGGAAUUGCUGUGACUUUGUCAUAUUAUUUAUGAUUCUCUCUAUGCAGCUGUUAGCUGCAAGAUGCAAUUGCUGUCUUGCUGUUGUGCCACUAGAAAAACUUAUUCUAGGCUUUCUGAACAUUCAUCUUGAUUUCCCACCCCCACUAUUUAAUUUGCAGAAUCACCAACAUAUAAUGAUCUUACCUUUAUAUUCUGAAAAGAAAGCAAAACAUUAUUUUUGCCCUUGGGGAAUAUGGUGCCAAUGACAGUCCAGGUGAUUGAACUAGCACUUCAAUUUAAUAUUUUUAGGAUUAGAUUUUCAUUUUGGCUUGAGUCUCUUUUUUUUUAUCGCUUUGCUAGAUUGUGAUUGAAGGAUCCAUCUGCACACUGAACUAAUCCAUCUGUCUCUACAUGCUAACAACAAUCCAGUCAAUGAAUGCUGAACACUAAAGUUCAAUACUAAGUAAUUAGCUUUAAAAAUAUUCAGAUGCAGAAAUUUCUCGGGGUGUAGUGCACAUGCAGUAGCUUGUUUUUUUUUUUUUGUCAGCAUGCCCUACAAACACCAGGCAUCAGAGAAAUUUCUAAAUGGCUAUCUUAGAACUUGUCCAUGUAGCACACAAGCUUUGUAGGCCAGUGACUUAUGCAGAAGUAAGGGUGGGUAGUAACAGAAGGUGUUGAAGCACUGUCCAGCUGAGGGAGCAGGUUGCAGUAGCUGCCAUCUGAGAUUUAUGCACUUGCAGAGGUCGGAACUCUCUCGGUGGAGCAAAAGAAACCCUGAUACCUGCAGUAUUUUUUUUUAACAAGCAUCCCCUUUCUGUCCUGUAAGACAGAAUUUGGCCCCUGCUGCUGCCUGCUCUGUUCUACACAAGGAGCUGCAAAGGUUAUCAAAUGAUCCCAUAAUUUCACACUACAACAGUUCCCUCCUAACCUCAAACUUAAAUGCUGUUAUUCUGCUGUCUGUACUGGAAGGGAAAGAGGUUCUUACUGCAUAAAUGAGGUGUAAUGUGCCAUGAGUACAGGGUUGUUUUUCUAAGAGUCUAGCUAUAAGCUCAUUGAUUAUGAUGCUCUGACUAUAUGGGACUUAGUCUGUUAGAAAACUUAGGGAAAAAAACAUACCUCAGCUUGCUCGCUAUGCUAUGGCCUGUUCUUUUGCUGCCAAGACAAAUCCAGCAAACAAACAGCAGUGCUCAAUGUCUGCAGAGGCUGCCCAAAGAAUAGUGAAGAAAUGUGUACUAGCCCGUCCAGCUGACAGUACUCAAUACUUGAAUACAGGAGCUUUGAAUUUCAAAGAUUUGUUUUCUGGCUCAGAUCAAAUUAUUCUGUUUUUAGUUGAUUGUUUUAUUUUUUCAAAUGCUCCAGUAUGGCUUUUUAAAGGGGCAUUACAAAAGCUGCCAGUUUUAAGUGAGCAAAAAAUGAAUGGAUUCUGUUGUCUUCAACAAAGUAAAAGUUACCCAAAUUGUAUGUAACCUCUUCCUUCCAUAGAACAGUGUGAGGUGGUUGUAAUAAUCAGCAGAAGUGCUUCAUUCUUAUCACUUGAGGUAAGUACACAUAUUUGAAUAUGUAGUAACCAAACUUGUUUGCAUCCAUAAUCACUGCUGGCAAUUAAGGUAUCUAAAAAGCAACUUAAGCUUCUCCUUCCCUCUCCCCAACAUGUAUCUCCCUUCAUUUUUCCGUAAAGAAUUAGCACAUACAGAAGUAGGAUGGUUCAUGAUCAUUGGCGUGUCCAUCAGGAACCAAGUUGGUUGAUUAGGUGGAUCAGGGUAUUCUAAUCUUGGGAAUCCAAUGUGUAGUUGUGCUGCUGUUAGGACCAAACAAUAUUGCAGAAGUCAAGAAGGCUUAGUCCCAUCUCUCGCAGUAUCAGAAUGCCUUGUGUUCAAAGCAUUUGUGGUGUGUUGGAACCACAUAUCCCUAUUAUGCAGCUGGAAUCGUAGAGCGUACAGCACAGGCCCUUUUUGUGUCCUUAUUGAAUAGUGCUAAAGUAUACGGGUGGAAGCACGAAGUUCUGACUCUAAACAUGUACCACGUGUCUUAGACCUUGUCUGUACAUCAGAGGUUUGUAGGCCAGUAACUUAUAUAGAAACAAGGGUGAGUGUUAGCAGAUGGGGUUACGUUCUUUAAAGCUCUUUGUUUGUUUGUAGAAACUGCCUUUACACAGCAGUGUUUUAAUAAGAAUGUGUCCUGCCUAGAGAGAACAAAGAUUCCCAUUGAAUCUGGAAGCUUUCCUUCAGCACAGUCAAGUGUUUCUGUUUUGUUGAUCCAAAUGUUUACAGGUUAUGUUCUUAUGAAACUUACUUGAAUCUAUUUAUUUUAACAAAUUGGGUUGGCAGAAAAGAGUUCUGCCACCUUGCAAACAAGAUGAUGUGACCUGAAAAGCGUAACCUGGUUAACCAGCUAAGCAACGGGAGGAAAACUACCAUGGUCUAUGGCUUCCAGCUACAUGCUUUACAGCUCUUGGGAGCUCAGACUACAGACCAUAGAAUUGAAAUACCAACAGGGACCCAGCUUGUAUUUUAAUGACUGCCAUGGCUCUUGCAUUAAAAACUACAGUCUAUUAAUGGUAUAAUGUUGCAGCAUGUGCAUUUCUAUGUUUGUGUUAUUAUCAUAUGCACAGCAUGGUGCAUUGUAACAAUAGGGCUUGGGAGUAAAAGUUUAUGUCUUCCUGACCAUUCCUAAUCAUCUUGAGUUGGAGGAGGGGGUGAGAUAUUUACUUCUGCUGGAAAGGUGAGUGCCUUCUAAUACCACACAAUUUUUCUUAUUCAACUCUCCCUCCCUCGUGGCCUUGUAGCAUGUAGGGCCAAUAUGAACUGUAGUCAAGGCCCUGAAAAACUACCCAGAAAUGUUUCCUUAAACUUUGAGGUUACACAUACUCCAGACUUUGCAUUUGGUACUGCAGCUGAAUAACUGCGCAGUCCCUGCGGUGGAGUUGUUUUUAGACUCUGCUUCUCAUGCUUCUAGACAUAGCGUCUCAUGUAGACACACCCACUGUGUGCUGAAUGUAAACCCAAACUCCCAGUCUUUGGAAGCUUAUACUACCCCUCAAAGCUCACACAAGGAUUUACAGGCCAUAAUAAAACUGUUGUUCAUGGAGUUCAAAGGAAAUGGAAAACAUUCAUUUGGAAAGACAACUGGUGGCCUGUGUUCUUAUCUUCCCAGCCCCUCAAGCAUAACCUUGAGCUAGCUGAAAAAGUACUUCUGUGAUGCUACAAGAUAAUGAAACCUAGCCAAGGAUUGAAAUAUUUAAUGCUAACUAGUUGGCAUCUUAUCACAGUUCUGAAAGAUGAAACAUACGAAGACAAACAUUUUAAACAGGCAAAUGUUGUUUGGACCAAAUUUUCAAGCCAAGAGCUGCCUGGCACAGAUAGGACUGCAAAGAAUAAUCCAAGUACAGGCUCCAAAGCUUGUAUAGAACUUUUAGUUCUUAUCACAUUUAAAUGCCUGUUUCACCACUGUCUCAAAGGAAAACACCUGCCUCAAGGACAGUCCAUCUCUAUAGGGCUCAGCUCUAAAAAUGAGGGCACUAAUGCAUUUGUUCAGCACAGGCUAUUGAUAAAGGACCUCUAACGUCCCUCGCUUCUUGGAAAAGGCAACCCUCUGCCUAACAGAACUUCCUUUGGUGUACGGACAGUACUUCAAAGACUUUACUCUCAGUGCAAAGCAGCAGCUGCUAGUCAUAAUGCAGCACUUAGUACUGCUGAUUCUUUGGUACUUACUGAGAUGUAUGGCAAGACAUCCAAGACUACUAUCUUCAGCUUUUCUCAUCAGGCACCAUCAACAGUAAAACAAGAACCCACCAUAUAGUUAAGGCUUAAGUGUUUAGACUAAUAUAUGUUAGUUGCCUUCAACUUAUUUCAUAUUGUAAGAUCUUAGAAAAAUAUCCUAUUUUAUUGCAUUCCCUUGAUUUAGAGGUUAUAGAAGAAUAAAUGAUUUAAAAAUAAAUGUUACAACAGUAUUACAUGACUGACUGAGUUAUGGUAAUAUGUUGCCAAACAAACUGAAAAGAGAUCAUUUAAAAAGACUUCCAAGACAUUUUAUUAAAGUUUCAUGCUUCAUAUAAAUGUACAAGUGAUGAGAAAAGCAAAAAGCAGAGCCCCCAUGCACGUGUAUUCUACAAUAUCAUUUGACGUUUGCAAUGAGCUAGAAAAAUAGUCACUAGAAUCACAGUUAUGAGUCAACAGAAAUGCAAUUGUAAGAGCAAACAGCAAGAAGAUGAAUAUUUGAACUUCAAAACCAAAAAGUACAAAAUAGCUUGUCACAUAGCUCUACAGUUUAUAAAAGCUUCAGUGUAAGUUAGGGUCAAAAAGAUGCAACUCAAAAAUGUUCUGAAUACUGGUAAAAACCAUUCAGUUGUUAUUAAAUGGCAAGAGGUAUAAAGUUAGGGUAGCUGU